AUGCCCAUCGCUAUCCCCACACAAAAACCACAAGCUUCUACCUCGGGCCCAGCACCAACCUCAUCAGCAGCGCCAGUACAGUUUCCGCGCAACCCAGCGCGUUUAGCUGUGGCCACCCGCGACACCCCAUCCGGCCCAAGCUCUCGCCCAGUAUCCAGCCCUCGCCGUGUAUCUCAGCCCACCCCUGUUCCGGCCGACGCUUCUUCCACCUCUCAGAUCGGAGAACCUUCAGAAGCAGCUCUGAAAGAAGAUGCAGAGACGCUCAAGAGGGCGAGAGUGAGAAAGGCGCAGCUGCAGAAGAAGGUCGAGAGGUGGAUGGACCUUCUAAGUGAAGAUACUGUCGAGAGAGAGGCGUUCAAGAAGGCUGCGGCGCAUUUGACCCCACCGCAAUACCACGAAAUCCUCCAUGAACGUCACCUCAACUCUCUCUGCUCUUAUCCUCUUUGCCCAAAUCCUCCAACGGCUCCAUACUCAUCCCGCCGGAAAUUCAUCAUCUCCACCUCGAAAAGAAGUAUCGACCCUGCAUCGGGCAAUGAGCACGAGGGGUUUUGUGGAAAGAAGUGUACGGCGAGAAGCAAGUGGAUGGAGAGGCAGCUGAGAGGAGAGGCGGUAUGGUUGCGGGAUUUGAAGGGCUUGGGCGGAGAAGGAGGCGGUGUGGAGUUGCUGGAAGAGGUGGAAGAGCGAGGACAAGUGCUGUCGCUUCAUGAUGUCGUUGGGAGGAGAGGGUCAGAAGUGAGCGCAAAUGCUGAAGAAACGGCGCCAGCGCCUACAGCUCUUCGCCCACAGCAAGUCAUCGCCCCUGCCAAACAACCUCUUCCUGCCGAUGCGGCGCAGGUGAAACCGGGUAUAAGCGCAGUGACGGCCUUGAUCGAUUCGUUGGUGAUCCACGAACGACCUGUCUCUGCGCCUGGUGCGCCGCAAACGGCAAAACAGGUGCCGGUGGCGCAGCCAUUACCUCUGCCUCUACCGCUGCCUACUUCUGUAAAGUCUAGCCGGGCGCUGAACGCCAGGGAACAGAGGAGAGAUCAAGCAUCCCUGACCACUCCCCCUGCCAUCUUGACCCGAUCAGUCCUCUCUGCCGCUCAGUCUGUCUCUUCGUCCCUUCCGGCCGCUUCUGGCGGUGCCGACUCUUCAAACUCUUCUACACCUGGCGGCAAGAAUAGAAAUAGAGGUGGGCCGGGACAAGAGAGUGAAGAAGAGGAGAGCGAUGAGGAGAGUGACUGGGAGAAGGAGAUGAAAUUUGGGCCGGAGGAUGACGAGAUGAGGGCAUUGUUUGAAGAGGCGGAGAAGGCUAGGGAGAUGGCUCUGGAUGGGGAGGGGGCUGUCAAGGAGGAGGCUGAGUGA